ACGUUCUGCCUUCCUGCACGUUUCUCUUCUGACAACUGGCACACACCGAUCCUCCGUUAUGUCUCUCGGUAAAGUUGCCCGGGGUUUGGUGCUUCCUGCCCGGGUCGCCAUGCGGCCCGCGGCCCCAGUUCUCCACCGGAGCUACGCCGCUGUUUCUGAAGCCAGAGCCGUGCUGGAGAGCGAGCUGGAGGGGAUCCGAGCCGCAGGAACGUGGAAAGCGGAGAGAAUAAUCACUUCAAAGCAGGGACCGCAGAUCAACGUGGAGGGCAGCAGCAGCACCAUAUUGAAUUUCUGUGCCAACAACUACCUUGGGCUAUCCAGUCAUCCCGAGGUCGUUCAGGCGGGGAUCGAUGCUCUGAAUACUCACGGAGCUGGACUGAGUUCAGUCAGGUUCAUCUGUGGCACACAGGAUCUACACAAGAAUCUGGAGCAGAAGCUAGCUGAGUUCCACGAGAGGGAGGACUGCAUCCUGUAUGCUAGCUGCUUUGAUGCUAACGCUGGACUCUUUGAGGUUCUGUUGGGCCCGGAUGACGCGGUUCUGUCCGAUGAGUUAAAUCACGCCUCGAUCAUCGAUGGGAUCCGACUGUGCCGAGCGAAGAGGCUGCGCUACAAACACAUGGACCUCAGAGACCUGGAGACAAAGCUCAAAGAGGCUCAGUCGUCUCGUCUUCGCUUGGUUGUGACGGACGGCGUCUUCUCGAUGGACGGAGACGUGGCUCCUCUCUCAGGAAUCUGUGAUCUGGCUGAUCAGUACGGAGCCCUCGUGUUCAUCGACGAGUGCCACGCUACCGGGUUCCUGGGGGCCCGCGGCAGAGGAACAGACGAGCUGCUGGGCGUGAUGGACAGAGUUCACAUUGUAAACUCCACUCUGGGGAAAGCUCUGGGAGGAGCAGCCGGGGGCUACACGGUGGGUCCCAAGCCGCUCAUCGACCUCUUGAGGCAGCGCUCUCGGCCGUACCUGUUCUCCAACUCUCUGCCCCCCCCGGUGGUCGGCUGCGCCCUCCGGGCCGUGGAGCUGCUGCUGGCGUCCAAUGAGAUCUCUCGGAGCAUGACGGCCAAAACCAUGAGGUUCAGGAACAAGAUGACGGAGGCGGGCUUCACCAUCUCCGGCUCGGCUCACCCCAUCUGUCCCGUGAUGCUGGGCGACGCUCGGCUGGCGUCUCUGAUGUCCGACGACAUGCUGAAGCUAGGGAUUUACGUGAUCGGAUUCUCCUUCCCAGUCGUGCCAAAGGGCAAAGCAAGAAUCCGUGUUCAGAUCUCCGCCGCGCACACAGACCAAGACAUCGACCAGUGUGUGGACGCCUUCAUCCAGACGGGCAGGAAGCACGGAGUCGUGUCCUGAACAACACGGAAAAAUUCAAUCUGAAUUACUGAACGAAGCGUUUGCUCUCAGAUUGAGCUGCCUGUUACCCCCGACCUAUGAAUGAUUGUGAUGGGAGGAAUGGUUACACCUGUAGGUCAACGGAGGAUAUUGUUAUUCAUGUGUUGCUUAGCUGGAUAAAGCACAUUUUGCUGUGUGUAUGAGUUUGUAUUUAAAAUAAAGGGCUGUAAAUGUUAUAUUUCCUACCAAAAAAGGAGAUAAAAGGGAAGUAUUUCUACUGAAUCCUUGAAUGUUUUGACAAAAGAUGGAUUUAUUUAGGCUAUUUAUCCAUCCGUUCUACAGGUUAAGAGGAUAAAGUCACAAUUGGGAAUGCAAGUACUCGUAUAACGUUGCCUUAUUAACAUUAACUCAUCUUUCAAAACUAGCUAAAGGACUGUUACUUUGUGUAUGUGAUAGAGAAAGACUUUCAGAAGUGUUCUUGUUUAAUUCUCAGCUGAAAUGUGACGUCACCCAAAGGUCUUAUUCUGUUUCAACUCAUGAGAGCUGCUUUGCCUUUUAUGUCUCAGGAGAUGCAACCGCAGAUUUCCACAUUCUGGAUAAAGAAAAUGAUAUUAAAGUCUGCCUUUGCUCAAA